AUGUCUCUACUUGCCAAUUAUGAGGGGCUUCGGCAACAGAUAGAGAAGCUGGUGCGGGAAAAUGAGGAACUGAAGAAGCUGGUGCGGCUCAUUCGGGAGAAUCACGAGCUCAAGUCUGCAAUCAAGACUCAGGCAGGUGGCCUUGGCAUCAGUGGAUUCACCAAUGGGCUUAGCGAGGCAGCAGCAGGUGCUCCUUCACACCAGAGUAAGAGUGUCUUCCUGUCCCCAUCCCCAGCAACAGCAAAUGAACCAGGCCUGGAAGAAGUGGGGAUCGUGGCCUUGGCUCCCCUGGCCGACAUGCUGGGCCCACAGCCCAGCUCCACAGCAGGCACCAUCAUGAGCCCCCUUGUGGGCCCUCUCAACACACUGCUGUCCAGUCCAGGGCCACAGAGCGGCCCCCUCACCAGCCUCCUGGCCAGCCCCCUGGGGGUGACCCCUGGAGGCACUCUGGCCAGUUCUAUGGGCCUGCCCUCCACUGGGCCCCUGAGCAGCUCCCUGGCAGUGACCCCUGGCAACACCCUGGGCAGCUCUCUGGGCCUGCCGUCCACUGGGCCCCUGACCCCCAGCAGUGCCCUGGGAGGCUCUGUGGCUGUGUCUCAGAGCAGCCCCCUGAUGGCCUCCAUGGCAGGUCCAGUGGCUGUCUCUAUGAGCAGCCCCCUGCUCAGCUCCUCAGCUGCCCCUCUAGGCAUCCCUCAAAACCUUCUGGCCAACCCCUUGAACAACAUGGUGCUGCCGGAGGCCCCAAGGGUGCGGCUAGCAGAGGCAUCCCGUGGGUGCCCCUCAGGGCCCCACUUGACCUGCCCAGUGCCUGCUGCCGCCUCCAAAGUCCCACUUUCCACUGAGACACCGCGGCUGGCCCAGGACCCGGACCCCUUCGGCAUGGCGUUUGUGGGCGCACCCCUCCAGACCUCCACUCCUGUGGGCACUACGUGCCCUAUUGGCCCUGCUACCUACUGUUGCACCACUGCGGAUGCCCAGGUCCAGCUCAAUAGCCCCAAGGGACAAAUGGUCCCUGCCUCUGUCCCCACAUCCCCCAGUGCUUCCCCCACUGUCACUGUGCUUGCCUCGGCCCCCAACCUCGCCCCUCAAGCCUCCACCAACUGUCCCCCCUCAAGAAACCCCCACACAGUCCGGUCACAGCACUCUGUCGCCCGGACCCCACCUCCCCACCAUUCUCCUUCACGGGGGCCCUGCUCCCCGCCUCGCACCACAUCUUCCCCGGCUUCUGCCAGUGAAGCCCAGAGUCCACGUGCCACAGAACAACCUCGGAAAAGCGUUAUGGAGAUGGAUCGGAAGUUGGCCCAACGCAAGAUCAGCAAGUUCCCUGACAGCUCCCGAGAUUCAAAGCAAGUGGCCUGGGAGAGGCUGGUGGGGGAGAUUGCCUUCCAGCUGGACCGCAGGAUCCUGUCCAGCAUCUUCCCAGAGCGCGUGCGUCUCUACGGCUUCACCGUCUCCAACAUUCCGGAGAAGAUCAUUCAGGCGUCCCUGAACCCUAAUGACCACAAGCUGGAUGAGGAGCUGUGCCAGACACUCACACAGCGCUACGUGAGCAUCAUGAACAGGCUGCAGAGCCUGGGCUACAACGGCCGGGUGCAUCCCGCACUGACCGAGCAGCUGGUGAACGCCUAUGGCAUCCUCCGAGAGCGGCCAGAACUGGCAGCAUCUGAGGGUGGCUCCUACACCGUGGAUUUCCUGCAGCGCGUCCUGGUAGAGACUGUGCACCCCAGCAUGCUCACUGAUGCACUCUUGCUGCUCUCUUGCCUAAACCAGCUGGCCCACGAUGAUGGCAAGCCCAUGUUCAUCUGGUGA